ACGCCAAGCUAAGGGCGAAGGCGACGAAGUGCAAUCGAGGAAAAAACAUUGAAAAUGGUGAAAGAGUUGGUGAAGGAGCGUCUAAUGGCGGCAGCUGAUGAAAUAUCGGCGAUGUUUGAAAGAACGAUAGCGUCCUACGAGGAGGAACUUUCCCGAACGAGAGAGGAGAAGGAGCGACUUCGACAACAACUGGAAGCUGUUAGCAAGACGGGAGUUUUGGUACAGCUUGGAGACGUCCAGCAGCUGUUCGGUCAUCAAGAACAACAUUCCCCUCAACCAAAGGAGGGGGGCUCCAUUCUGAAGCAGGAGGGGCCCCAGCCCCCCCACAUUAAAGACAAAGAGGAGGAACUGUGGAUCACUCAGGAGGCGGAGCUCACCAAGUUGCCACCGACUGGUGUCUCCGUGACUGAAGACCAGGAAGACAAACCACCUGAGUCCUCAUGUUUGUUGCAUCCUUCAGACGUCCAGCAGAUGAUUGAUCGUCAAGAACAACUGCAGGGGGGGAGCUCCAUUUUGAAGCAGCCCCCCCACGUUAAAGAGGAAGAACAGGAACUCUGGAUCUCACAGGAAGAAGAGGAGACCGAUCCCACUGAGUUGCCACUGACUGGUGUCUCCGUGAAGACUGAAGGCCAUGAAGACAAGCUCUUAGCUCCGCUAUCAGUUGGUGAUGAUGUAACAUCACACUAUCCUGAGGAUGAAGACAGGGACCACACCCAAGUAGCUGUGAGCAGCGAUACAGGCGGUGAAGGUGAUGUGAGGACUCACGCUGACAACAAACACUCCGAAUUCUGUGAAAAAAAGACGGGUAAAAAUCGUUUUGCCUGCUCAGUUUGUGCUAAAAGCUUUUUUUUUAAGAGCCGCUUGACUGAACACAUGCGGAAACACACAGGACAAAAACCCUUUAGUUGCUCCUUCUGUGGCCGAACAUUUGCUAGCAGGUCCGCUUUGAUGCAACACACGAGAACGCACAGUGGAGAAAAACCUUUUAGUUGCUCAGUCUGUGACAGUAAAUUUGCUCUGAGGUGUGCUUUGGUUCAACACAUGAGAACCCACACGGGUGAAAAACCUUUUAGUUGCUCAGUUUGUGGAAAAGGAUUCUCUCAUAGGUGUAACAUGACGACACACAUGAGAACCCACACGGGAGAAAAACCCUUCAGUUGCUCGCUUUGCGGUCAACGAUUUCCUCGAAGGUCGGGUAUGGCGUCGCACAUGAGGUCGCACACGGGAGAAAAACCCUUCGGUUGCUCAGUUUGCGGUAAAAGAAUCUCUACAAGGUCAAACAUGGUGGACCACAUGAGAACACACAGAAGAGAAAAGGCUCGUCCAGAAGGGUUGGGGUCAGCCUCGGAUAAGAACAAGUUAGCUGAUGAUGAUGAUGUCACUUCAACGAGCAGUCAGCCCAAACAUUAUUGGAACCAAAAAGACUUUGAAUGGUCUUUCUGACAUCCAUAGAUAGCGAAUGCAAUCAGUAUCUAUUGUACGGGUAUUGUAAACCAUGUGAUGAUGUUAUUGGAAGGUGUGCUCUCCUUUGUGCCACCGUGAGAUGGAUACAAGUCCAGUUAGCAAGCAUGCUAUCCUUGUUUGGGACAAACAGACUGUUUUUUCUCUAUUCUAACUUUUUUUUUUAACAUAUAAGGUGUUAC